UAUUUUCAUUUGGCACGCAAAUUAUGGGCGUGGUUGUACCGGCAAUUAUGUUACCGGUCGGGAACUUGUAAAGUUUCUUGAUGCAGAAAAGAGAAGGAAAAGGGGCAAGAAGAUGAGCAGCCUCAAUCUCUGUCUCCACGUAUAUUCCGGAGUCAUAGAUCUCCUUGAAGAGACGAGUCUUUUCGUUAGAGCAAGUGUCAAUGAAGUAACCAAGGUGACUAACAAGCAGUCUCUCGCAAAACCGGUCUGGAAUGAAGAUAUUUUCUUUCAAGUUGAUCACAUUGUUGGUGAUCUGUGGGUCGAGCUCUACUCCUCGUCCUUCCUGCGCCAGCAGCUCCUUGGUCACACAAUGGUACCACUCUACUCCAUCAGGCACUCAAACAAAAAAUCUGAUGGUCAGUCUUAUAAUUUGGUGUUAGCUGAUGAUGGUGAUGAUGACUCUCCCACUAAUCACUCUCUUGUUUUGGACAUGCAUUUUGAACUACCACAGAAUAUUCCACGUAAGGAAUUAGAGAUGCUUGAAAAGAAGUUAAAUUCGCUGAGACUCACACUACAAGAAGAGGCUAAAGUCAUAUCAUAUCAGCACGUUCAAUUGCACAAGAAAAAACUCCCUCUCCCAGACAAACAGCCAGGAAAAUUUGAGUACCCAGACGAAGUAAAGAAAGUCGUAGCCGUCAACCCUCAUCUCAGCAAGAAGAACCGAAAAGUUAGUUUCCUUGAUGAGGAAGACGAUGAUGAAAUAGACGGCGAUACACCACCUCCUGUAAAACUAACAGCAAGAGAAAAAUGGCAGUCGGUUCUCUCUAAACCUGAAUUCAUAAGAUUGAGAGACGAGGGAUCUAUCAGAAGGCCCAAUCGUGGAAGAGGAGGGUCCCUAGCAGAUCUUGUCAGUCACAUGCAAGGCCUCAAGAAGAUAGAGACGACAGUAGUUAGUGAUGAUCAAGUAGCUUCAUUCUCACAGAAAGUAUAUAAAAGGUUGAAGACGAGGCAAAGGAGUAGGGAGGCACUGCACGCAGUCAAAGAAACAAUUGAUGAAGAUUUUAGGAUACAUGUGUACAAGAAGGCAUUACAGGCUAUGAUAUAUCCUGCCUCAAGUCUACAUGCUCAUCAGUUUGUAGAGAAGUCUUACAAGUCCUUCACGUAUUGUGGAGAGUGCGAGGGCUUCAUUUGGGGAUUAGCCAAACAAGGAGUCCAGUGUGAAAAAUGUGGUAAAAAUUCUCACAAGAAAUGUGCCGCGUCUGCAAAGCACGAUUGUUUUCACAUAAGGGACUCUCAGUCUUCGUCAGUGCAAGAGUCUCAUCUGAUGGUCAUUACUGAAGUUAUGAGGAAAACUGUUGUCAGUCAAAGCAAAAAGUUUGAUCUUUUAAAGGAAGCAUUCAGCAUCACUGAUGUGGAGAACUCUAAUAUCAUUGAUGAGGUGACUUCUACCAUCAAAGAUCUAGCUAGGAAGUUCACUGCUAUUGUGGACAUUAAAGUCAUUGCAGCUCAAGGUCUUGCCUUCAACGAGCAGGCCGAAGGCAAGAGGUUGUAUGUGUCUAUUGAUGUUGGAGGAGAAAAGAAAAGAACUAAAGCUUACAAAGAAGUACACCAUUCCCCUCAAUGGAGUGAAGACUUCCAAUUUGAGUGCCAGAAUUACUUGGAACCGAUCAAGAUUAGAGUGUGGAACGAGAGACACACUACAAUGAGUAAACUAACUCACAGGAUGACAUCCGAAGGCGAUCACUUUUUGGGACAGAAGAUCAUUGAAGUGUUAAGACUAGGUGCAGCAAACACACUCUGGUACAAACUAGAGAAGAGAACGGCAGAUAACAUUGUUUCUGGCUCAAUCCAGUUAACACUAUCCUCAAAGAUAGCUGGUGAAUUUCUCAUAGCACCAUAUCACAUAAUGUACUCACAGCUACACGAGCAACUGUUUCUUCACUGUCAUUUCAGAAAGCAGAAAGAUCUAGUAAUAUGCAGUACAGAUCAUAAAGAUAAGUGUGAUCUAUUGCCUGGUGUUGCUCAAGAUAUCAUUGAUGAGUUUGCUAAAAGAUUCGCCGUAGAACAGAUAUACCGACUAUUAGUACAUUUCAAAUUAAUUCUUGAUCAUUCCCUAUUACUUGCUAACCCGUACAAAGCUAUGAACAAUAUACUAGUACAUGCCAGAGAAAUGAUGUUUCACCUGAGUGCAGAGGAGAACGCCAUUAGAGGAGUUGGACUCCAGACAUUAAUGGUGGAGCUACUGGACUCUAGCAACUUUGGACGUGACAAAGUUGCACAGCUCAUUCAAAAGCUAACUGGACAGCUGCUACUGAAUCUACAGAGCUACAGAGACUCUUACCCUGUCACUAGCAAAGAGAAGCUAACCGAAUUGACAAACACAUGUGAAUUGCUCAAAACUGUUUGUGAUUUUGAAAGAAAGGCUGUUGGUAUAGAAAGUGCUUCAAGGGUAGGAAAUGUCUCCAAAGCUAUUGAAGGAGCAAUGAAGGAGUGUGCUAGGACAACUUUUGAUGACAUUGUACAAGAGCUGAUCCCUGAUGACUAUGAGGGACACCCAGCACUUGACAAGAAUGCAUCACCUUUUGAAUUUUAUUACAGCUUGCUAAAACAAAUCAUAUCUGCCAUUGUGGAGGACAAGACAGUCUAUCAGCCAUACAUUAAAAAGUAUGUUGAUUUUGAAUUGGAUGCAGUUUCAAUGAUAGAGUUUUGGAAUCUUUUCAAAGAAACAAUUCAGGAUUUGUUUAAAGUUGAUGAUAAUUUAAACGUAUUCCCACCUAUUGAAGCUAUUCACUUACUUUUACUGGUGAAGAAAUUCUACGAAGAGAGAGUUAGAAAGCUAGAGAAAAACCUUGAGAGACUUGAGUACCCGUAUUGGUUUGAGCCGGCAGUCAAGUACUGGAUACAGGACUUUCAACAAAAUGCUCUCAAUUUCGUCAACAACAGUUGGGAGCACGAUAAAGCAGCUCACUUUCAACCUGAUAGCAAUCAAAACUUUUCAGCUUCUGCUUACGACAUGUUUGUGUACUUUCACAAGGGGCAAGAGCUCAUUCAAGGACUUGACUCUGAUCAGUUGGACCUCAGACACAUUUAUCUCUUUGAAUAUUCAAAAGUUAUUAAAAGUCUUAUUCUACAUUACAUUGAUCUUGCUUCAGUUGAGAUACCAAAUGCUGGCUCUAAACUAGACAUUACACUGAUGUUGCUCAAUAACUUUCAGUUCAUUCGUUUCGGAGUUCAAAGCAUAUUCGAAGCAAUGCAUGGACCUGAGAAUGCUGGCCCCCAGGCCACUGAGGAGCUCCAAGACUUACAGACGAUACUAACUAAACAAUUAAACACUUGGUGUCCCUUCGUAAUGAACAGUCAGAAGGAAUCCAUAUGGAAUCAUAUGAGACACAUGCAAGAGGAAUUAAUGAAAUUAAAGGCACAGGGUUCUGCUACUAGAGCUGAUGCAAAAGUGAUGGUUGAGCUUGUACUAGAUGCACUGUUUGCAAGGGCUGAAAAGAUUGGAAAGGUUUGUGAGAAAGACACGCUUUUACCGAAAUUAAUAAAAGAGCUAUGGUUUGUAGUAAUGGAAGGAUUCCAGUGUCUGCUACUGCCGAACCUAACAGCUAUCACUGGGGAACAAGUUGAGAGUGUCUUCCACCAUGUCAAUUAUAAUCAAAGACAGUGUGCAUUAUUAGACCUCAUCAUUGAUCUUUUCAAGGAGUUUUUUAUGGAUGAUCAUGCUGGAGUGAAGGAGUCUACACUGAGUCGUAACGUAAAGCAAAUGAAAGCAAUCACGAAACUGUUCCGUCAAACGACUGAAUCACUGAUAGGAGAAUGUCUGAAAUCAUUUAAAUACGAUAGUCAAAUUGACAGAGAUUCUUAUGGAGAGUUGUCCCUUGAACUGAAUAUUGGUAGGAGACCAGCUUCUGGUGGAAUGGAUGGUACACUAAGAGUAAUAUCUGGGAAAGAUAUUAAAUCACUCAGCCAUUCUUCUAGUGGUUUCAAGAUAUUCAUUGAUUUUAAUUUUAUAUUUCCAAACUGUCAGCAAUUCUCAAAGUACAGAUACAGCACUGGAGCGACCUCAGCAGCUGACAUUAACCACACAUUCAAAUUUACACUUCCUCCAACUGAAUAUUGCCAGUUGCAAGCAACAGUGAAACACAAGCCUCUCAUAGGCGGUGAUCAGAUAUUGGGUGUGGCCUCGGUACCUUUUGACGUCAUAAUGAAGAGCAGAGUAUACACUAUGAAUCUCAAUGGAGCAUUGUUUCAUGAUGAGCGUGGGCGGGCCUUUCUCACGGUACUAGCCUUGAGACAUAGCGACGAAAUAGCGAGAGACUUUGUCAUUUUGAAAACUUACAAGCGAAUCGAGGGAGACUGAAUUUUCCCGUUAUUAUUUUUAUCUUUCCCAGUCAUAAUUUUUAUGUCAUUAAUUAUUAUUAUCAUUAGAUACUAUCAGCAUUGCAUUCUCUUUUUAUAAUUAUAAUUACAUUAA